CGUUGAUAAACUACGUCACGCUAAAUUUAAAUUUUAAAAACGCUGUAAACAUCCGCUAUAUUAUUUCAAAAUUCUCUGCAAUAGAGAGUCAAUAAUACUUAUAAACUCUGCGUGACGUACUUUAUGGAUAACCCUUAUCGGGUUAUGGCCAUAGAGAUAAAAUUUAACGGCAGCCAACUUAGCUUUGGGUUUCUUUGCUAGCGUAAUAUUCCUCAAAAUUUCAUUACGUCUGCCGUAAUUUACGUAAUUUGGCCAUAGAGAUUCCUGCCAUGGCCACAACGGCUCCUAUUAUACGUUACCGACCUUUUAUUCAAUCGAUAAAUGCUAUCAAAUAAAUAAUAAAAUAUAGAUCUUUCAACCGUGAAAAUUAAACUUGGCCACACAGUUGGUUUUGACGUGUCCGAUUUAGAAAAAUGUUCUCUUAUAUAGUAGCUAACUAAUUUGGGUUUUUUAUUCGUUACCGUAACAUUUUCAUUAAAAUCGUCUUUAGAAACUUAAAUAGCGUGACUUUAAUAACUUGAUUUUUUAAAAUUUAUAUAAUAUGAAUCCAUAUUUAACUGAAGAACUAGUUGCUUGUGCAAUAGAAACAAAGCAUAGGCCUAAUGUCUUAAAUUACAAAACUAGACUCAUUAAAGAGCUUUCGGAAAUAAAUUUAAUGUUUCCAAGAAUACACGAUUCUUACCAAUUUAACACAGAUAUGAUGGAUUUUGUACCCUUAAGUAAAAAAAAUCUUGGUUAUUCAGCAUUGAGAUCUACUGAAGAUGGAAAUUGUCUUUAUAGUUCAGUAUCUUUGAUUUUAAAUGACAAUAAUCAUACUUCAAAAAUUCUAAGAUUACUGACAUCAAUUGAGUUAUUUGAAAACAUAAAUUUUUACACAAGGUAUGAUUAUUUUUGUAGUUAUUUUAAUCAACAUAGAUCUGAAUAUUCUCAGCUUUCUAAUUUGUUUUUUAUUGCUGUUUCGUUUAAAUGCUCUGACAGUUUUUCAACAAUUAAUGAUAAUAUGAUUUCUGAACUUCUGUUAAAAGAAGCGUAUUUAAAUUGCUUUGAUAAAACAUUUUCAUCUUUCAUUUGUCUAAUAGCAUUAUCUAAUGUUAUAAAGCAACCUAUUGAAUCUAUUUAUCCUGAAAUCGGUUUUAAAAAGUAUCAUAGUUUUUUUAAUACUCUUAUAAAGCCUCGCAUCCAAAAAUUAAAUUGUCCAAUAAAUAUUUUGUGGUGCAAUUUAGAUAAAACAAAAAACCAAAGUAUUUUAUGUUUUAAGCCAAAUCAUUUUGUGGCACUGGUUAAAGAUCUUUCUAAAAAACGUCCAGCUGUUGUUAUGAGUGAUCCAAGUUUACUUAGCAUCAAAAAAAUAAAAGUUUCUAAGUCUAGUUUUCCACCUACAGAUAACAAAAUACAGAAACCAAUUCAGUCUAAAUUAUUUUUCCCUACUGUUUCUAAAAACACUUCAGAUAUAGAUAAGUCUAGUUUUUGUAAUAAAAUAGUAAAAACUGAAGUAGUUAUCUCAAAAAACGCCAACAACAAUGAUAAAAAGCAAAUGAAUCUUGAAUCUAAUGUUCCACAAAAGGAAAGCAAUAUUGUUGACAUUAGUUUAUUAAAUACAAAUCAGUUAGCAUCUUAUUCAAACUAUGAUGUUUCAUCAUACUGUCUACAAGGUGAAAAAUUAAAAUCAGGAACAAAUGAUCAUGAACUUUUAUCUCUAAUUAAUAAUGUCUGGGUUCCGGAUAAAUGUUUCCAAUUCCCUUUAACAGGUAAAAGCAGAAAAAGACGUUUUUUGCUAAAAUGGCUAGAUGAUUUUUCUUGGCUUUGUUACUCUAAAAUUGAAGAUGGUGCAUAUUGUCUUCCAUGUACACUUUUUGGUACAAAUUUACCAAACAAAUAUGCAUUAUGUAAAUUGUUUAAAGAACCAUUUAAUACCUGGCGUAAUGCUGUAAAAGUUUUCAACGAUCAUGAGAAAACUGUUGACGGAUUACACAUCAAGUCCAUGCAUUGUUAUAAUAUGCUUUUAUCUAGAGCUAAAAAUAAUACUUUUCCUAUUGAAGUUUCUUUAGAUAGUUCUAGGAAACAGCGUAUAGAAGAAAACAAAAAAAAGCUUGAAUCAAUUGUUAAGACUAUAAUAUUUUUAGGUCGAAGUGAUAUGCCUCUACGAGGUCAUAGAGACGAUAGAAAAUAUCAAGGAGAAAUUGGAGAAUCUUCAAAAAAUACAGGGCUAGGUAAUUUCAUUGAGCUUUUAAAUUUUAGGGUUGAUGCAGGUGAUUUAAUUUUAAAGGAGCAUCUUCUCUCUGCCCCCAAAAAUUCCACAUAUAUUUCAAAGACCAUUCAAAACGAGUUAAUUGAGUGUUGUGGAAAUGCAAUUGAAGAAGUUUUAUUAAAUGAUAUUAAAAAAAGUAAGUACUUUUCCAUUAUUGCAGACGAGGCUUCAGACUGUGCAACAAUAGAACAACUUUCUAUUGUCAUACGUUAUGUUGACUUGAACAGUAAUAUUAAGGAAGUUUUUUUACGCUUUUUUGAAUGUAAAACAGGUACAAGUGGUUUAAGCAUAGCUACCAAUAUUCUUGAAACUUUAAAAGAAUUUGGUUUAGAAAUAAGAAAAUGCAGAGGCCAGUCUUAUGACGGAGCUGCUUCAAUGUCAGGUGAAUACAAAGGUGUUUCAUCUGUUAUAAAAAAUGUUAAUCCUAAGGCAUUAUUUGUCCACUGUGCCUCACAUAAACUUAGUUUAGUUGUUGGGAAGAGUUGCCAAAUCCAGCAAGUAAAAAAUUUGCUUGAGCAAGUUAAAGACAUAACUUAUUUUUUUAACUUUUCUCCAAAAAGAAGUAAUUGCUUAAAGAAAUACCUUCUUCCUGGUCAAGCAAAACUUAUUGACACAUGUCGAACUCGGUGGGUACAAAAGCUUCGUGGACUUGAUGUGUUUUUCGAUAAUUAUUCUGCAGUUUUUUCUGCUUUUGAAGAAAUGGAAGACAAUAAUUUAAAAGAGUACAAUAAAGAAACAUCUUCAAAAGCAUCUUCUUUUAUGAAGUUAUUGACAAAUUUUUCUUUUAUAGUUUCUUUAGUUUUAACUAAACAACUAAUGGAUUACUUUUAUGGAAUUUCUGUUACUCUUCAAACUAAAUCUUUUGAUAUUUCCCAGCAACUGGAUGAAAUUCAGAAUUUGACUAAUCGUUUAAGAGAAAUGCAAAGAAAUGCUGAUGCUUACCAUAAUAAAUGGUAUAAAAUUGCUCUUGCAUUGGCUAAAACAUUUGAUAUUGAUGAAAAAAAACCUAGAACAUGUGGUGUUCAGAAGCAUAGAGAUAAUCAAAUAUGUGAUACUGUAUCUGAUUAUUUUAAAGUUUCUAUUACAUUGCCUCUUCUCAAUCACCUUCUCAAUGAACUAGAAAAUAGGUUUGAUAUUGAGAGCUUAAUUGUUUAUAAUGGUCUAUGUGCUAUUCCUGCUAGUUUAACAAAGCAAUAUUUUAGAUCUUGUCCAUGGAAAGAAAAAUUCCUAAUUUUUUUGAAUUUUUAUAAAUCUGAUCUUCCUCAUUUCUCAUCAAUUAAUGCUGAAUUAGAGUUAUGGGAGGAAUUUUGGAAAGAAAAGACAGAAUUACCAUCUACUAUUUCAGAUACAUUAAAGUUUAUGGAUAUGAGAGGCUUUCCAAACAUUUUAGAGGCUUUUCAUAUACUUGCUACAAUACCAAUCACAACUUGUGAGUGUGAAAGGUCAAUAUCUACUCUUAGGAGAAUAAAAACUUACACUAGGAGUACUAUGUCAGAAAAUAGAUUGAAUGGGCUUGCUUUAAUGUCUAUUCAUCAGGAAAUAGUUCCUGAUAUUAACAGAGUUAUUGAAAUAUUUGCAUCCAAAGGAGAUAGAAAAUUAGAGUUUUUAUUCAAAUAAAAGUUUUGAAGUUAUGUUUAAAGUAUUAACUAUUGUUUUAAAAGUAUCUCUUAAAUAUAAAUAAUUUUUCAAAAGCAAAAUAUUUCUACUCAUUGUUUUAAACAUGUAAAUUGUGAAAAUCAUUUUUCAUUAGCAAAUUAUUAUUAUUCAUUGUUUUAUAUAAACGGUGAAACUCAAUACUUCAUUUGCUAUUUCAAUUAAUUCCUAAUGUUGAGAGCGUUUUCAGGUGAUUUAGGUUGUUACUUUUUUAGUUGUUACUUUAUUUGUUGUAUUAUAUUUUUUCUUGUUUAUUUAUUUAUUAAAAAAUAAAAGUAAAAAAAAUUAUAAAAAUAUUUAAAAUAUUUGUGCAUAACUGCCUAUCAAAAAAAAAAAAAAAAAAAAAGAAUCCAGAAAUGGAGGGCUAACCUUAAAUAAGAUUACUAAUACUUAAGUUAAACUGUUUAUUAAGAAAAGGAAAUAAUCCAUAAAUAGAGCAGUAACUUUAGGAAACAUUAAUAAUAAUUAACUUAAAUUGACUAUCAAAAAAAGGGAAGAACCAGAAAUGGAGGGCUAACCUUAGGCAACAUUACUAAUACUUUACUUAAUCUGCCUAUCAAGAAAAGGAAAG